UCUUUUACUUGCAUUGACUGCAAAUCUGUAAACGUUCCUAAGGUACCUCGUACAGAAGAAUAAGUGAAGAGACGGACGAGUGAAAACGAGUGAAAAUGGUGUUGGAAAUUUAUUUGGACCUCGUUUCUCAGCCUUGUCGCUCUGUCUACAUUUUCGCCAAAAAGAACAACAUCCAGUUUGAGUACAAAAAGUUGUCUUUGAUGUCAGGCGAGCACUAUAAUGAAGAGUUUGGCAAGAUCAACCCAAUGAGAAAAGUACCUGCAAUCCGAGAUGGAGAUUUUUGUCUGGGUGAAAGCGUUGCCAUUAUGCAGUACCUGCAGAAGUAUGGCACCCCGGACCAUUGGUAUCCAGCCGAUGUGCAGAAGAGAGCACGUGUAAAUGAGUAUCUGUCCUGGCAGCAUUCAGCCAUGAGACCCCAUGGGUCCAAGGUGUUCUGGCUAAGGCUCAUGAUUCCAAAAGUUUUGGGCGUGGAGGUUCCCAAAGAAAAAAUGGAUGCGGCGUUAGAGGAUCUCAACAACUCGCUGAAGCUUAUCGAGGAAAAGUUUCUUGACGACAGACCUUUCAUCGCCGGAGAGCAGAUCUCACUGGCUGACCUGGUCGCUAUUGUGGAAAUCAUGCAGCCUGUAGGUUCUGGUUUGGAUGUCUUUAAAGGACGGCCCAAACUGAGCGCAUGGAGGGAUCGAGUUCGGGCUGCUGUCGGCGGCGAACUGUUCGACGAAGCUCACGAAAGAAUCCUCCAGGCGCAGGAGAUGGCCCAAACCAUGGACGGCAGCACUCUGCAGCACUUUAAACCCAAGAUUCUCAAAAUGUUCCUAUGAAUCAAUAAAAAUGCAGGAGUACUUGA